AUGUGUGGCAAGGCUCAGUACCACCGGCUCACAGAAAUAGUACAUCAGCAAUUUCUUCUUAGCGCAGACAAAAGGGGCGGGGAAGAGUGGGCGCUGAGGGUGCUGGGUACUGUAGUUCCGAGGCCCCUGCGCAGGCGCAAUGGCCUACCCGGAGGCCGGCCCAGCCGAGCCCGCGCCAUUGCUGGAAGCGUUCCCGCCCUGCUCUGCGAGUGCUCACAGUUGUCCUCAGUUCGGCCACCAGAUCUGUCUCUACAAGAUUCCACUCUUUCCAGAGAGGGGGACACAGAGGCAGAGAUUAUGGCUGCUGUGGUUUUUUCAGUUGGACCUCUGGAAUCAGUGACAUUUAAAGAUGUGGCUGUAGACUUCACGUUGGAGGAGUGGAGGUUGAUGGACCCUACACAGAGGGACCUGCACAAGGAUGUGAUGCUGGAGAAUUACAGGAAUCUGGCCUCCCUGGGGCUUGCAGUUUCCAAACCAGACAUGAUAUCCCAUUUGGAGAAUGGGAAAGGACCAUGGGCCAUGGUGAGAGAAAUCACAAGAACACCCUAUCCAGGAAGAGGAAAUUUGGGUUAUGCUCACACAGGGUUAUGCUCACACAGAUGGAUGACCAUGGGAAACGGCAGCAAGAUGGCAACUAUCAGCCAAUGCUUCAGGCACCUGAAACUUGGACUUCCAGCCUCCAGAACUCUGAGAAAGUCAAGGUUCAUUGUUUAGACCACCCAGUCUGUGGUAUUUUGUAUGGUA